UCUUAGAAUUGUAGUCUUUGCAGGGUUUUGUACAGUACUGUACUCUAUCGUGCAAUUGUACAAGUUAUGUCGUGGUUCCGCCCAUGCGUGACGCACUUGCUGUCAGGUAAUGUAGCUUCGGAGCAGUGGGAGGGGAACAGUCGAGAAAUAACAUGGCAGGCGUGCGCACGGCGCUGCCGGAGGAUCUGUCUGCCGCUCCUCUGGUCGCCCUCAACAUGACCGUCAGGAAGAAACUGGGCCUUCACUUGAACCCCAGGAACGUGGUGGCCGCCGACUGGACGAAUGUGGCCGAGGCCAUGGGAUUCUCUUACUUGGAAAUCAUCAACUACCAGGCGGUCCCGAACCCCAUCUUGCGGGUGUUGGAUGACUGGCAGGCGAGCGCGACAGAGCCCACCGUGGGCAAGCUGUUGUCCAUCUUGGAGGAAGUGGAGAGGAACGACGUCGUGGAGGAUCUUCGUCCUCUCAUGGAGGAGGACGUGAGGAAGUAUCACGAGAGUUUGAAAAAAAAGGCCGCCCGCCCGCUGCAGGUCCCCGAGGUUGACAGCUGCGUCCCGCGCACCCCCGAGAUGUCCGGCCUCACCCUGGAGGAUGACCCUGAAGGUUCUCCGGAGCUGUUCGACGCCUUCAUCUGCUACUGCAAGAGCGACAUCGCCUUCGUUCACGAGAUGAUCCGGGAGCUGGAGCAGACGGACUACCGGCUCAAGCUGUGCGUGUUCGACCGGAACGUCUUGCCCGGCUCGUGCGUGUGGACCAUCACCAGCGAGCUCAUUGAGCGGAGGUGCAAGAGGAUGGUGGUUGUGAUCUCAGAUGAAUACAUCGAAAGUGACGCCUGCGACUUCCAGACUAAGUUUGCUCUCAGCCUUUCUCCUGGAGCUCGGAAUAAGCGACUCAUCCCCGUUGUUUACAAGUCGAUGACAAAACAGUUCCCGAGGAUCCUCAGCUUCCUGACUGUGUGCGACUACACAAAUCCGUACACGCAGACCUGGUUCUGGGAGCGGCUGGCCAAAGCUCUUUCUCUGCCGUAAAUGUGACUGGUACAUAUUUGUUUAUAAAAGCACUUUUUGAUAAUUCAAUCGAUGAUAUAGAAAAUAUGGGGACCAUGUUUCAAACUGUUUAGUCAAUUGUGGAGAACUUGUCAUUCUAAAGUGGAACACUGUGUUAUUAUUUUUUGAAAUGUAUUUUUUAUGGCCUUUAGAAUGUGCGCAAAGGUAUUUUUGCAAACUGCUGCUGUCGUUUUCAUUGUAAUGAUUGGAGAGCGCAAAUAUUUGGAGGUAAUUUUACGCUUCCUCUUUGAAUCUCAUCAUCUGAUUACAUCCGAAGGGGAAGUGGAACGCGGUAUGUGUUAACUUCAACAUUUGACUGACUGCUUUGCUCACUUCCCGCCCAGUGCCUUGACCUUUCAUUUUCUAUUGGUCUUUUCUUAUUUGCAAUAAAUACUUAUUUUCAUUAACAGGCAACCACUUAUUUUAGGAGCGAACUAAAUCAUUACUGGAAAAAAAAGUUUACUAAUUUACUAGUUAUUCAAUUGCUUUGCAAAAAAAAAAACCUUUAGUAUACUAAUGGUUUUAAUUUGGAAUAGAUCAGUUAACUAAAGAAGAAAAUGAAUACAUAAUAAUUUGUGUUGAUAUUAAUAAACUAGGGGAAAUGCAUUUCACAGGGCUGAUGAUAGAAAGCGUCCACCAUGUGUCGUUAUUGCGCAAAACUCGCAUGUUCCAGCCGCCGCCAGUGAUGUCGCCAUUGCACGCACCAGGAAAUAUUUCAAGCAACAUCCAAUCACAUCUCGACGUAGUUUGGCAUUGUCCAAUCAAAACAGAAGUGAACGCCCCCUAUUUGGCAAACCUGUGCCCCUCGUUUGGCCUGUCCGGCUGUGCUUCCCACCUAAAGAGUUAUAUAAUUUAAUAUUGUUAUGCUAGAGGAAAAAUUGGAACGUCAGUCCAACAACGAAAAAUACAUUUUUUUGUGUUUAAAAUAUUUAUUGAUGGCGAAUUUAAAAUAGAAAAUAUUAAUGGGGGCCCCGGCUUCCGCCAUUGAAAGUGUGGCGGAAUCCACUCCCGGCUUAUGUUUUGUCAGUAAUUUCAUGACGUUUUUCAUGAAUUUGACUCAGUGUGAAGAUCGACGUAUUACUGUUUUGAUUGUCAAGGGUCUGGCACCACUGGGAUCGUUUCUAUUUUUUUUUUUUUUUUUUGUAAACCCCAAAAAUGGGCUACAGAAGCCGGCCAUUCACCGCCGACGGGAACCGGAAGCCGCGCAGCGACCACAGCAAGAUGGCCUCCGAGGGAGUCCACAUUUGACGAGGCGGUAUGCGGUAGGCGGGGCCGCGAGCCUUGUGUCAAACUUUGGGAAUGACAGCAGGAGUGCUGCAGGAUUCGCAAAGAAGGGAAAGUGUCGCCCUGGUCGCCGCUCCUUGGAUUUCUUUCUUUCUUUUUGUUUAAAGGGCCAGCCCGUGGAGGCGACACUUU